AUGGGGCCGUCCUUGUGUCCAUGGGCAUGGGGCCGUCCUCGUGUCCACGGGCAUGGGGCCGUCCUUGUGUCCACGGGCAUGGGGCCGUCCUCGUAUCCACGGGCAACCCACCAGUGGCCACAGCCCCCAAAGAAAAAUUGCUCUCCCUCACUAUCAGCCAAUAACUGCUCAGCUAGAGGUGGCCUUGGGAGCCACUCCCCAUGCAACACACUCCGAGUGUUGUCUGCCUGGACAGGUCUUCUAGAUGCUGGGAAAAUCGUGGGUGGCCAAAAUGCUCAGGAAGGACGGUGGGCCUUGGCAGUGGUCAGCCUGUGGAUAGCUGGAGAGGGCCACGUAUGUGGGGGCCCCCUCAUCCACCCGGGAUGGGUGCUCACGGCUGCCCACUGCUUCCGCAGGUUUAAGGACCCUAGCUUCUACCAGGUGAAGGUUGGAGGACUGACACUCUCCCUUCUGGAGUCCCCCACAACCCUAGUGACUGUGAGGAGCAUCUUUGUGCACCCCAGCUACCUCUGGGAAGCGUCUAGUGGAGAAUUUGCUUUGGUGCAGCUGGGCAUGCUUCUGAAACCCUCUCAGUUCGCUCCCGUCUGCCUCCCGGAAGCCCAAGCUCCUCUCACCCCUGGGACUGUCUGCUGGGUAACGGGCUGGGGCUCUACCCAAGAAAGAGACCUGGCAAACAUCCUCCAGGAGUUAGCUGUGCCUCUGUUGGACUCGGAGGAGUGUGAGAAGAUGUACCACAUGCCGCAGGGCAGCCAGUCAGGGAAGCGAUUCAUCCAGUCAGACAUGCUCUGUGCGGGCUUCGAAGAGGGCCAGAAAGACUCCUGCCAGGGUGACUCUGGGGGACCACUGGUCUGUCUCAUCAACAGUUCCUGGAUCCAGGUGGGAAUCACCAGCUGGGGAUUUGGCUGUGCUAGGCCGCUCAGGCCUGGCGUCUACACACGGGUGCCAUUUUAUGUAGACUGGAUUCAGAGAACCUUGGCAGAGAACCAUUCUGAAGCCUCUGGGGCACAUCCACUACUGAUGCUGGCGUUGCUGGCUGUAGCCUUGCUGGCGGCUCUGUGAACUGUGAGCUCUGGAGUCCAGGAUCCCCCCCUGGUGGGGUGGGAGACCUGGAAGCUUAGAGCAGACACUCAGAAAUGGUGGGUUUAAGGGGCUGGCGAGAUGGCUCAGAGGUUAAGAGCAUUGCCUGCCCUUCCAAAGGUCCUGAGUUC